AUGCAUGACGCAUACGAAGCAAGUCCUAUUUUAAAAUUAACUGUUCAAAUUGAAUCUAUGGCAGCUUAUGAUGAUAAUUUAUUAAUUGGAACACGUGAAGGUCAUUUAUUAAUAUACAAUGUACCUAUGAAAUCAAAUGAAUAUGGAAAACUGGAAUUGUUAAGAUAUAGCAAAAAUUUUAGUAAAAAAAGAAUUGUUCAAGUUGAUGUUGUACCAGAGUAUAGUUUGUUAAUUCUCUUGACAGAUGACAUUAUUUGUGUUCAUGAUUUAAAUUCUGUAAAUAUUCAACAAAUAAAUCAAUUAUCUAAGACUAAGGGAGCAACACUAUUUGCUUUGGAUGUUCAACGCGCUGGGAGCUUGACUGGUGUUAGAUUAUGUGUAGCUGUGAAGAGAAAACUUCAAUUAUAUUACUGGAAAGCGAACAAUAAUCAGUUUGAAGAUUUAGGCGAUGAACCACGCAAUGAAAUAUCAUUGUCAGAUGUACCACGAGAAUUAGCAUGGUGUGGUGAGACACUGAUAGUGGGUUUUCAUGGUUUGUCUUACACAUUAAUAAAUCUUGACGGUAAAACCAAAGAAUUAUUUCCAACUGGUAAACCACCAAAGCCAAGUAUUACUAAAUUAUCAAACAGUUCAUUUGCUUUGGGCAAAGAUUCACAGUCUAUUAUAAUGAAUACCACUGGUGACUUGAUACAGCAUAAUCCAGUCAAGUGGACUGACUCACCAACCGCUACAGUAUGGGAUGAUCCUUAUUUGCUAGGAAUUGUGCAUGAUACUCUUGAAGUUUAUACUCUUGAAGGCUCAUUACAUAUUCAGACUUUGGCGGAUUUUAAUAAAGCGCGACUUUUGUGUAGAUGUAAGCAAGGAAGAGUUUACAUAGCUUCAAUUAGUCAGGUUUGGUGUGUCAGUUCGGUUGAUGUUGAACUACAAAUACGAAAAUUACUCGAACAAAAUCAAUUUCAAUUAGCUUUAAAACUUACAAGUUUAUCAGACACCACAGAGGAGGAAAAGGCUAAGCGAACGUAUAAAAUUCAAACGCUAUAUGCUCAUCAUUUAUUUUGUAACAAAAAGUUUCAAGAAGCAAUGAAACAAUUUCAAGAAUUAGGAACAGAUCCGUAUGAAGUUAUAAGACUAUUUCCGCAUUUAGUAUCACAGUCUAGUAACACGAAUGAUGUUAAUGAACCAGUUGCUGGUUUACCAAAGCUACAAGAUAGGGAUUUAGAAAAUGGACUAUUGGCAUUGAUUGGUUUCUUGACUGAAGUGCGACAUAAUUUAAUGGGUAGCACUGACUCAAAGGACAAAGAUAAUAAAACUGAAAAAAAUAAGGAUAAAGAUAAAAAAGCUAUGACAGCUGUUGCAACGGAACAAUUAUUAAAAAUAAUAGAUACAACAUUAUUAAAAUGUUACUUACAAACGAACGAUGCAUUUGUUGCUCCAUUACUGCGUCUCAAUCAUUGUCAUCUGGCUGAAGCUGAAAAAACUCUUCUGAUGCAUCAAAAGUAUCCGGAAUUAAUUAUUUUAUACCAAACAAAAGGACAACAUAAAAAAGCUCUUGAGUUAUUGGAAAAACAAUCUAAACAAAAUGAUUCAAGCUUGCGUGGAACUGAAAGAACUAUUCAGUAUUUACAGCAUUUGGGGAAAGAUCAUAUGGAUUUAAUUUUGAAAUUUUCCGGAUGGGUUUUAGAACAGGAUCCGGAACAAGGUUUACGUAUAUUCAUGGAAGAUAUUCAGGAAGUGGAACAACUUCCGAGACCAAAAGUUUUAGAUUAUCUGCUUCGCUGUCACAAAGAUUUAGUAAUAACUUAUUUAGAAUACGUGGUGCGUGUCUGGGAGGAUGAGAAUCCUCUUUUUCAUAAUGUUCUUGUCCAUCAGUACAAAGAAAAAUGCUUAGCGUCAAUGAGCUUAGCAGCAACACCAGCUGAAAAACAGAGUGGUGAACAUGUUCGACAAAAACUACAACAAUUUUUAGAAAAAUCAACACAAUAUACUGCUGAAACAGUAUUGAUUCAAUUUCCAUCAGACUGUUUGUACGAAGAACGAGCUAUUAUACUCGGUAGGCUAGGUCGUCAUCAUCAGGCAAUAUCUAUCUAUGUAAAUUUACUCAACGAUGUGCCAAGGGCGAUUCAAUAUUGUAAAAAUGUUUAUGCUAGAUACGAGAGUCAAAAAAAUAUUGAAGGCGGUAAGUGUCAAGACGGAGCUGAUGAAGUUUAUGUGACACUUAUUCAACAACUUCUUAAACCUGAACCAUUUUUUGUAUCUGGUUCAUCAGAGAUACAAAAGACAGCUCAGCCAGAUUUAGAAACUGCGUUAGAAUUAUUAGAACAGUAUGCCUCGAAGAUAACUCCAAUUAAUGCUCUCCAAGUGUUACCUGAUAACGUUCCAAUUGGGCGGAUAAGACAUUUUUUAGAGGCCAGUUUACACAAUCAACUGAGUGAAAGAAGAAAAACUCAAGUAUUGAAAGGAUUAUUACAAGCUGAACAUCUUCAGGUACAAGAACAAAGGAUGCAUUAUGAAUCUAAAAGUGUACUCAUGACUGAAUUUAAUAUAUGUCCUGUAUGUAAAAAAAGAUUCGGCAAUCAAAGUGCAUUUGCAAGAUAUCCAAAUGGAGAAAUUGUUCAUUACUCAUGUCAAGAACGUAAAACAUAA